AAACCACUUGUAAAUUAUCAUUAUCGAAUAUCUGAUAUUAUCCCUUAAUAUCGCUGAUAUAUGUUUGAAAACAAUAUAAUAAGCUACUGCGUUCAAAGGGUUGUGACAUAUAUCAACACUAAAUGCUCCGCAGGAUCAAACUUUUGGGUACAAAACAAUACGUAUAUAUAUUUACCAAUGAAUAGUCAAAUGUUAGGAAACCGACCUCAAGGUCCAAUUGCUCCACGUAACAUUGAGACACAAGAUUUGAAUGAAAUGAUUGAGGAGUGUGUGAUGAAGGCUACAGAUGAUCCAGCUCCAAAACAUGUUAAGAUGGGGAGGAACAAGAAAAUGUUAAAAAACUUUAUUGAAACAUGCAAGAACAACAAUCGUAAAAGAAAAAUAAACUCCUCUCAAAGUGGAAACAUGUUUGUUUCUACUCCUGGCGAUUGUCAAAAUCCAUCAGAAUAUAGUAUCGCUAGUAAUAAUUUUAACAAUACCAAUGCAUCUGAUGCUGAUUUUUUCAAUGAUAAUAUACUUACUGACCACGUGAUUAAUGAGCCAAAACCAUCAUGUAGUUACACUUCCAAUCAUUCUGUGCCAUCAAACAUUAAUUUGAUUUCACCGGAAAGAUUCGACCAAGAAUACUUUGUCAGUAAUCAAGAAACAGGAAAACGUCUUCGUAGCAAUUCUCAGAAUGGUCAGAGAAAUACUAAUAUAACAUCUGCUCCGUCUAGUACUGAAGUACGUGCGCAUCCAUCAUCAUUAGAAUCUGGCGAUGCGUCCUUAUGUCGAAACUGUCAUCAUCGUAUAAAUGCCUACACUGUACAACCUGAUUCAGCACCACAUUUUGAAAGAAUACAUAAUCAAAUUAUACCUCGCACUGAUUUUCAGACUCAGUCGAUAAGAGAAACAAGUGCCGCAACUGCAGUUGACCAAAUGCCACGAAUUCAGUUACAAUUAUCUGCUCAGGCUAGGGAAUCAUUACCACUGUUAAGUAAUAGCAAUGCUUCUGAAUCAGUUUCAUCUUUUAAUGAUGAGCCUAUAUGCAUAUCGGAUGAUGAAUCAGAUACAGAUACUAGUCUAAAUACAUAUGUCUAUGGCAACGCCCAGCGUUGUAUGGCAAACCUUACACAGGAUGCCAAUUCUGCUGUAAUAUCAAGUGAAAAUUUUAAUGCUCCAGGUCCAAGUGGUCAUACUUCAAGAAAUAAUGGGAACUGGGUUGAAGUUUCCGAUGCAACCCCAGACACUGACGCACAAUACGAUACAGAGAGCACGCCUUUUGAAUUCGAGAAUCCCCAAGAGGCUAUAUUUCUUUCGGCGCCUGAUCUUCAAUUGGAUUUUUUAACUGAUUCUAGCGACGAGGAAACUGCACGUGCUAAUUACCCGAACGAGUCCACUCCCAUUGUAGUGGAUUCAUCUUUUGAACAAGAUCGUGAAGAUGCCAAUGCCUUUGAUAGCAGUGAAAGCUAUGAUAGCUGUGAAACCUGUGGAAGCUUGGGUAACUGUAGCAAGCACCACAGCCCUCAAGACACAUCUGGAACAAGCUCUGAAAAUAAUGCUGAAAGUGAGAAUGGUGAUGUGGCGGAGGUAACUGUUGAAAGACCAAAAAGUCCAUUACAAAUUGAGCAACAGACACAUGUUCAAGUUGCAAGAGGACCAAGCCCAGAUAGAAUAAUUCCGCCCAAUCGUACAAUUGAAAAUAACGUUUCGCCAAGACUUACGACUACAAAUAAUGUUCGUCAGCCCUACUUAGUUCAUCAAAGAGAAAGAAUGCGCCAAGAACGAAUUGUUGAAGCACGCAGGCAAGCUCUCGCGCUGCAUAUGGCAUGGAUUGCAUAUGGUGCUGAUUCUGAGGCUGAGGAUGUUGCAACCAGUCGGUCUCAUUUCAUCUCAUAUAUUCGAGAUAUGAUAGGGAUGAAUGUGCUGAUGCAGGAUGCGGAAGAUGGUGCUACCAUGAACUGGGUUGAAGUUUCCGAUGCAACCCCAGACACUGACGCACAAUACGAUACAGAGAGCACGCCUUUUGAAUUCGAGAAUCCCCAAGAGGCUAUAUUUCUUUCGGCGCCUGAUCUUCAAUUGGAUUUUUUAACUGAUUCUAGCGACGAGGAAACUGCACGUGCUAAUUACCCGAACGAGUCCACUCCCAUUGUAGUGGAUUCAUCUUUUGAACAAGAUCGUGAAGAUGCCAAUGCCUUUGAUAGCAGUGAAAGCUAUGAUAGCUGUGAAACCUGUGGAAGCUUGGGUAACUGUAGCAAGCACCACAGCCCUCAAGACACAUCUGGAACAAGCUCUGAAAAUAAUGCUGAAAGUGAGAAUGGUGAUGUGGCGGAGGUAACUGUUGAAAGACCAAAAAGUCCAUUGCAAAUUGAGCAACAGACACAUGUUCAAGUUGCAAGAGGACCAAGCCCAGAUAGAAUAAUUCCGCCCAAUCGUACAAUUGAAAAUAACGUUUCGCCAAGACUUACGACUACAAAUAAUGUUCGUCAGCCCUACUUAGUUCAUCAAAGAGAAAGAAUGCGCCAAGAACGAAUUGUUGAAGCACGCAGGCAAGCUCUCGCGCUGCAUAUGGCAUGGAUUGCAUAUGGUGCUGAUUCUGAGGCUGAGGAUGUUGCAACAAGUCGGUCUCAUUUCAUCUCAUAUAUUCGAGAUAUGAUAGGGAUGAAUGUGCUGAUGCAGGAUGCGGAAGAUGGUGCUACCAUGGAUAUUAUUGAGCAGAAUACGUGUAGAUACAUAUACCAGAAGAAUCUCAGUAAUGAUAACCUUGAGAAAUGCACAAUAUGUCUUUCAGAAUUUGAGGAAGGAUUAAGUGUUAGACGACUUCCAUGUAUGCAUCUCUUUCAUGUCACUUGUGCUGAUGAGUGGCUGCUUAUUAGAAAACAGUGCCCUAUAUGUCGUGUCGAUAUUCAGUCCCAAGCUGUAUUAUCUGAAAACGUGGUUGAGUGAAGCUAAGGCUUUUGAAAUGAAUUAUAAAUAAGCUGAGCAAUAAUAUCUAUUCAUAAGUUGUCACAACAUGCCAAUAAAUGAUGUAAUUUUACAUUAUUUUUUCAAAGAUAUUUUUCAUGAAAUAUAAUUUUAAAAUAGUAGGUGUCCAUCAGAUCUAAUAAUUGAGCAUUUGUAGAAAAUCUUAGCAAUGAAAUACUAAUCAAGCAAUACGUGAAAAACUGAUUAAUUUUAUCCAGCUCGUUGGUAUAUCUGAUGGGGCUACUAAUGAUAUUCAAUUAUUUAAGUACAUAAUUAUAAUAAAGCUUCUGUAUACACCUGUCCCUCGUUUUACACAACAAAUACGUUUCAUACAAAACCGUGUAACUCGAAAAAUAAUUUUUUAUACGUAAAAACCGUGCUUAUCGAAAAUCAUUCUAAAAAAUCCAUUUUUGUCAGAUUUUAAUAUAAUGAAUAACAUCACAUUGAACAAAAAAUAAAUAUUAUCAAACACAUUUAAUAAAUUAUAAAAAUAUUAAUUUAUUUCAAUAAUUUCCACAACGAGAAACUGUGAUAAGACUUGUGGACAUUCCAGCAGCUACAAUUUUUCCAAUUGAGCCUAGUUUUUAUUUUUAUCUUUUACCAUUGUCAAACCAUAAUUUUUUUUAUCAAUUGUAGAUUUUGUAAAAAAUAAUUUUAUUAUUUGUUCACCUUGAGUAAAUUUACGCUAUCAAUAUAUAUAAACACUAAUCAAAAAUAAAGUUUAAAAAGAAUGAUAUAUUAUAAAAGAAUGAUAUAUUUUUGUAUUUCCAACAAACUAGUUCAUACACGCAUAAGAUUUAAUUUUGAUCAUAAAACGGGGAGUUCCAAUGUUAUCUACAUAUUUCUAUCAUAGACAUUAAUGUUGUAUUUUGGCACUACAUCAAUGAAAAUGUGAUUGUAGAUACAAGCUAAUCAUAGUUUAGUGUAUAUAAUUUCAUGUUACUUUAAAAUUACUAACUAAAUUACUUUUAGAGACCUUGUAAGAUCAAUAACAUGUAAAACGAGUACUGUGUAAAAUAGGGGAUAGGUGUAAUAAAUUCUGAAUUGUAUAGAAACUGCAUACUAUUUAAAAAAAAUAGUGUCAUAAAGUAAUUUUAAGUGUUCUUAAUCUCCUUAGUGAUAUUGACAUCAUUUAUUUACAUCCUUACUAUUAUUUCAAAACUUACACUAGUUUUCUACAUUCAUCAUUUGAAUAAGAAUCUGUCUGAGAUUAAAUAUUUUUUAAUUUUAAUAACAUUAUUUUGUGAUUACCUAUCAGUAGGCA